CAAAAUUGGUCCGGGCGGUGUUUCACGGGACGCUGCUACCACGCUGCUAUCAAAUUGCGCGAGCUGACGUCACACUUGUGGUAGUGUUGGAGCAAUGGGCCUGUUGAUGUUUCCAUGGAAACCCAAUUUGACACGUGUAAAAGCAGCGUGCUGCUAUCACUGGUGAAACAGGGCCCUGGGCUGCAGCUGGUUUCACUCUGGCAAGCUCUGGGCCACUUUACUCUGGCCGAAGUAUGGGCAAGGCCUAGAGCUUUACUGGAGCUGACACGAUUCCAGGGCUUGCUCGCUCCACAGCCGGACUUAUGCUGCAUCAGCCGUGGCAUACCUCAAUUGUACACUAGCAGAGUAUCAACAUGAGUGGUGCGGGCGAGAGCGCGUGUAGUUCGCGGGGCGAGCCGCUGGCGCUGGGCGAGGCGUGCACCGACCUCACAAUGUCGACGGGCAAUGUCAUCUCGAUGCGCGGGGUGCGCCGCCGCGCCGGGCAGGGUACCACAGAGGAGUUAAUGUCUUCACUGGAUCAUAUGCUUGACAUCAUCCGCCCGGCGAAGGGCGAACUGGACCGGCCGUCAGUCGUGAUGGCAGUGCCGUGCGCGUGCUACAGCGUCAGUCUGGGUGAGGAGGAGCGGGAGCCGCUGAGCAUCACCGUCAAACUGUUCCCGGUCGGGCUGGACACCGACGCCGUCCGACAGGCCGUCGAGCGAGCUCUGACGGAGCUGUCGGUGAAGCAGGUGGAGGCGAUCGUGCUGUCCAACCCGCUGCCCUGGGAGGAGAUGACGCUGGAGCAGCUGCUGCCCCUCUGGCGGGUGCUGGAACAGUUCCACGCGCAGCAGAAGGUGGCCUACCUGGGCCUGGCGGACGUGGAGCAGUCACUGUUCGAGGCCAUCUGCCAGUGUGAUCAGGUGGAGGUGAAGCCGUCCCUGCUCCAGAUCAACCUCACCAACUGCUGCUCGGUGCCGGACGACCUGCGCGACUUCUGCCGGCAGCGGGACGUCCAGAUCCUGACACACAACGACGCACAAGAGGUGCUGCCGGGCGCCGUGCUCCGGCCGCUGCUCUCCAAACACCUGGCCUUGGCCGAGCCGCAGCGCUGGUCGCUCGUCUGGUCCCUGCGCUACCUCGUCAUGGUACAACACAAGGGCGUCAUCAAGAACAAGGGCUACAUCGUGCACGUGACGCGCUCCUAGGCUCGUCCCCCGGCGCGGCGCGGCGGCUAGGCUGAUUAUCACUGGCUCGACAGGUAAUGUGACACAGAAAUGCCAUCAGCCGAGCGCGUCAGACGGACGGACGGCCAGACGGACGGGCGGGCGGACGGGUAGGCAUUGGGGACGCGCCGGUCUAGCUGCCAGUAACGCGCUCGUGGUGCCUUCACUUCACUCUGGCUAUCUGUAGGCAGGACGUGUUUGUUGUGUUUCUGCACAUUCCCCGCUGUGAGGAGUACGACUCUAUACGCCUGUCGGGGCCAGGGAGUAAAGAGCUUAGAAAAUAAAGUACUUAGUAAUAUUCAGGUCCUAGGAUAUGACGUGAUUUUAUACCUUGGGUGGGAUUAGAUGCGAUGUAGCAAGUAAUGCGGAAAUCUAUACGGGAAUAAUACUUAACAUAUACAUUUAUAUUCAUCGCUAAAAAUCACUUUUCGUGCAUUUCCCCUUCAAUAUCUUAGAGAUGGUAGUUUCAUCACAGUUUCUGAGGGACUUGUUCAUUAAAGUAUUAUCACUAAUAAGAGGGUAAGAGAUUUGCGAUGGUACCUUCCUAGAAAACCAACUAAUCACGACGCGGCCAUUUAUAGACGCUAGUGGCAUUAAUGAAGGUGUGCUAUUAUUGUACCUACGUGUGGCGGUAGACGGGACUGCUGCUGGCUUGUGCAGUAGUGCCCCAUUUUUGUCCUAUUCAGCUGAGUUGAUUUAUAAAACUAACUGGGAAACAUUCAUGUACAGGGUUGGGCAGAUAAAUUGGGACAAAAUACAUAUUUGCAUUUAGAACGCCGUACCUUAGAAAUUUGUAAACAUAGGCAUUUCAAAUUUGGAUCACAUAUUGUCACACCAAUUUUACACAAUUAUCACCAACUAUGGUCACCGUGGUCCACCUGCAUCAGUCCUUAUCGGUGCCUGGACUGGCCGCACGCGUGGCGAAAUCUCCCGUCUGAAAUGGCUUGUAAUUGUAGCCAACUGGCACUGCUGAGGCUCACCACAGUCACAUGGGGACGUUCGUUAGACUCACCCGCAAAAACGCCCCAGCAACCAGAACUUGUGUGGGCUGAGGUUUAAUGAAGAAGGGGGUAUUUUCCCUUGGGUACAGUUUGCGGGAUCCUCCGUUUCAGGAGAUUUUGUAUUUAAUUUACUGUAUGCCGGGGAGCUGACUCCGAGAAGAGCAUCACUCCAUGCAGGAUGUUGCCUUCUUCCAUCUUGUUGAUUCGAACUGCCGGAAUAAUGGUUAGGUACCCUGUAAUGGCGAACCCCCUCCCGAUUCCGUAAAAUAAGGGGGCCCUUACGUGACCGUCAGAAGUCACCGAGUAGAAUGCCAUCACCGAUGUCUGCUGCAUGCUUUUUGGAACUAAGAUAACGUCUUCUGGGCUGGUUGCGAUGUUACAUGGUGUUUGCGGUUGUUCAUAUAUUCGGUUAUGGGGAUACCAUCGUCCAAAAAAGACCUGCACGUGCUUGCUUGCUUCUCCAAGCCCUUCAAGAGGAAACAAUCUUUUUUACGUCACAGCUGCUUCAACAUCUAUGUUGACAGGUUGAUAUGCAUCAAUGCAUAAGAGUACAUGUUUGAGGUGCUGGUAUAUCGCUUUCUCAUGGCGCGGCUACCUUCGUUGUAAGCUCGCGCCACUGAAUUCGCGAGGAUCCUCUGAUUUAACUGAAUUUUGCCUUUUAGCCCCCCUGGAAAACCGGGGGAGCGGCCGGUGUCAAUGCAAUAGGGAUGUAAGGAUGAGUCAAUAUUAUCUCUUCCUCCAACGUUUACGUCUGUUCGAUACACACUACUUCCAGCCAUUUGAUGGAGCAUAAUUAGAGUAUUGGCAUGCAUGUGCGCGCGGACUAAGUUGAUAGUGGCUUGCUUAAGCCCACGUUCUGUGACCAGCCAACUCAAAACUAUAACGCAACCUGCAUAACGUGGAAACGUAUUCAUAAGCCUAUAUUUAUGUUCAAAAAUUAUCUUUAUCACUCAAAAAAUAGUCGUUUUAGAGGAAGUUGAAAUUUGUCCCAAUUUAUCUGCCCACCCCUGUAUUGUGCAAUAUAGACCAGAUGUGCUUAUUUUAAGUGCAAUAUUAUUUGUGUUUGUGGUAGGGAAAUGCUCUGUUCUCAUUUUUCGUUAGUAAUGAGUUCGCACUGCCGACGCCAGUUCGCAAUCAGGUAAUGUGAAUGUGGGAAAUAAAUGAACUCAGGCUCC